AUGUCUGCCACGCCGAAGUAUGCCGAUGCCAAGUACGUCUUCCUGACGGACUUUGAUGGCACCAUCACGCUCCUUGACUCGAAUGACCACAUGGUCGACACCGUCGGCAUGGGCUACACCGAGCGCCGCAAGAUCAACGAGGAGAUCAUCUCGGAGAAGACUGGUUUCCGCGAUGGUUUCCGCCGCAUGAUGGAGUCCGUCAAGCGCCCCUUCCACGAGAUGGAGGAGCUCGUGCGCCGCGACGUGAAGCUGGACCCUGGUUUCAAGGAGUUCUACGCGUUCGCCAAGGCCAACAACAUCCCGGUGAUUGUCGUGUCGUCGGGUAUGACCCCCAUCAUCCGCUCCAUCUUUGCGAACCUCAUCGGUGACAAGGACGCGAGCGAGAUCGAGAUCAUCUCGAACGAUGUCAAGUUCACCGACGCUGAGCAGAAGGGCGAGACCUGGGAGCUGGUGUACCGUCACCCCGAGAACUGGUUCGGCCACGACAAGUCGCUCAGCAUUCUCCCCUACCGCGACCUUCCUAACCGCCCCAUGCUCUUCUUUGCCGGUGACGGUAUCUCGGACAUGUCCGCUGCGCGUCACGCCGACGUCCUCUUUGUGAAGGACAAGAAGGACAACGACCUUGCUACCUACUGCAACACCAACAACAUUAAUUACCAUCUCUUCAAGGACUGGACCAUCCCCAAGAAGAUGCUCGAGGACCUGCUCUCGGGCAAGAUGUCUCGCGAGGAGAUCACCACCAACUCGAACCCGUAG